CUUCAAGAAGCGCCUCUGUGAACAGCAGUAGUUCCGGUGAGAGGCCCACGUGGUUUCAGGUUUGGGAUCCCAACAAUCGUUGGAACGAUGUCCGCGAGGAACAACAAUCGUUUGCCUAGUAACUUACCGCAGCUGCAGAACCUCAUUAAAAGGGACCCGCGCUCGUACACGGAGGAGUUCACACAGCAGUUUCAUCACUACCAGUCUAAUGUACGGAUUUUCAAGCUACAGCCGGACAAGCCAAGUAAAGAGCUUUCUGAACUGGUGAUGUUUCUGGCACAAGUUGCUCAUUGUUACCCAACAGAGCUAGCUAACUUUGCCCAGGAAUUGAAAGACCUCCUUUUCUCUCAUCACACAGUUCUGGACCCAGACCUGCGAAUGACGUUUUGUAAAGCUUUGAUUUUGUUGAGAAAUAAGAACCUCCUGAAUCCUACGAGUUUGCUGGAACUGUUCUUUGAACUCCUGAGGUGUCAUGACAAACUUCUGCGAAAGACUCUCUACAUGCAUAUUGUGACUGAUAUUAAGAAUAUCAACGCCAAACACAAAAACAACAAAGUGAACACAGUUUUGCAAAAUUUUAUGUACAGCAUGUUGAGGGAUAGCAACUCUAUAGCAGCCAAGAUGUCCCUGGAUAUAAUGAUAGAACUGUACAAAAGAAACAACUGGAAUGAUGCAAAAACUGUGAAUGUCAUUACAACAGCUUGCUUCUCAAAAGUGACCAAGAUUUUGGUUGGUGCUCUGAAGUUCUUUCUGGGUAAAGAUGAAGAUGAGAAAAAUGAUAGCGAUUUGGAAUCUGAGGAUGAAGGACCAACAACACGAGAUGUAACCUUGAGAUAUGCAACGGCAAAGAAAUUUACAAAAAACAAAAAGAAACUAGAAAAGGCUCUGAAAGUCCUAAAAAAACAUAAAAAGAAGAAAAAGGCAGAAGUAUUUAAUUUUUCAGCUAUUCACCUGAUUCAUGAUCCACAAGGUUUUGCAGAAAAGCUUUUCAAACAUUUGGAAGAUUCUAAGGAAAGAUUUGAAGUUAAGAUGAUGAUGAUGGAUCUAAUAUCAAGAUUGAUUGGAAUUCACGAGUUAUUCCUUUUUAACUUUUACCCAUUCACGCAACGUUUCCUUCAACCGCAUCAGAGAGAUGUGACCAAGAUUCUUCUGUAUGCGGCACAGGCCACUCAUCAACUGGUUCCACCAGAGAUUAUCCAAACAAUGGUGAUGACUAUAGCAAACAACUUUGUCACAGACCGGAAUUCUGGUGAAGUUAUGACAGUCGGGAUUAAUACUAUCAAAGAAGUAAGUGCGCGAUGUCCCCUUGCCAUCACAGAAGAGCUGCUCCAGGAUCUUGCUCAAUACAAGACGCACAAAGACAAAAAUGUAAUGAUGUCUGCCAGAUCCUUGAUUCAGCUUUUUAGAACAAUGAACCCUCAGAUGUUGCACAAGAAAGACAGGGGUAAACCUACAGAAGCCUCAAAGGAAGCCAGAUGUCAUGAAUAUGGUGAACUGGAUUCCAAAGAUUACAUCCCAGGAGCAGAAGUGCUGGAAGAGGAGGGUGAAGAGGAUGAUGGUCUUGCAGAUGGAUGGGUGAGUGCAAGUACAGAUGAGGAGGAUGAAGAUGAUGAAGGGUGGAUUGAUGUUCACCAUUCUUCAGAUGAAGAGCAGCAGAAAGAGGUGGUAGAGAAGAUUAGCAGUAUGCCCCUGGAAGCACGGAAAGCCAAAGCAGCAAUUGUCAGUGCAAGCCGAGUCCUAACACAAGAAGAUUUCAAGAAAAUCCGUCUGGCUCAAAUGGCCAAAGAAAUUGAUGCUGCCCCUGGCAAAGGUCAAAAAAGGAAAAUUGUUGAGGAUGUCAGUGAUGAAAGCAAAGGAGAGCAGCUUUCAUUGCGAAAUAUAGAACGACUCCAUAAAAAACCUAAAUCGGAUAAAGAAACUCGACUAGCAACAGCAAUGGCAGGGAGAUCUGAGAGAAAUGAAUUUGUGAAAAAGAAAAACAAGCUGAAUCCAUAUGCAAGCACAACCAACCAGGACAAGAAAAAGAAAAAGAACUUUAUGAUGAUGAGAUACAGUCGUAACGUGAGAUCAAAAGGCAAACGCUCCUUCAGGGAAAAGCAGAUUGCACUGAGGGAUGCUCUCUUGAAGAGAAAAAAACACUUAAUGAAAUGAAUCCGGGAAUUUUAGGACACUUCGAGAAUUUUAUUCCUUCCAAUCAAAAUCAGGAUGUUACAACAAAAACAAAAUAUCACACUGUGAAGAUAUUUCUAAAGACUUGAAUUUUAAUUCUCUUUAAUUUUUGUACAGUAAUUGAUCUAUAAAAUAAAAUAACUAUGCCAAAUCA